GUACGACUCUUUACUUUUUUGCGCGUUCACCUUUUUUACAAUUUUUUUUUUUUGAAAACAAACAAUUGUAACAUGGAGAGAACAAAAUCCUCAGGACGAUCGAUUUUAUCACCGAGAAGACGAUCGUUAACACAAAACUGCAAAAGACAAGUGGAUGAAGCUCAACGGUAUACAAAUUACAAUGCAGAAAAAGAACCCAUCAAGGCCUAUUUAAGACUUCGGCCUACACUCAACGAACAAGCAGAGGAACCUUAUAUACAAAUCACCAAUGAUGUAGAAAUAUCCAUGACACCACCCCAAAAUUCAAAUGCAUAUCGAACGAGACAUCGAGCGCCAGAGAAAUAUCGAUUUACAAAGGUUUUUAAAGAUACGGUGAACCAAGGCACUUUUUUUGAGGAAACAACAUUGGAUCUGGUAAAAGAUGUAUUAAACGGAAAUAAUGCCUUGAUUUUUGCAUACGGUGUGACGAAUUCAGGAAAGACAUUUACUGUGAUGGGAAAUGAGGAGAAUGCUGGUUUAUUACCUCGAGCCCUUCACAUCAUGUUAAAUAGUAUACAACAUUUAAAGAGUGAGGCCAAGAUCAAACCUGUUAUGCAUAGUUUGGCACAGACCUAUGAUGAUGACAGUGAAGAGAAUAGAGACAUAUUAAAUUUAUGCAAUAUAGAAACCCAUACAAUGGAUCCUUGCACUAUAGACAUCGAUACAAAUUUUGAGUAUGGUAUUUGGGUUUCCUUUAUUGAAGUAUAUAACGAACAAGUCUAUGAUUUAUUGGACACGACAAAGUCAUCGAAACGAAACCAACUGCAUUUAAAAUAUGAACAACGAUCAGGGAACAAGUAUGUGGCAGAGAUGAAUCGAGUACGUGUACAUACUUUUGAGGAAGCAUAUGCUAUUAUGAAAUUAGGGCAAAAAAAUAGACAAGUCUUUUCUACCUUGAUGAAUCAAACCAGUAGUCGAAGUCAUAGUAUUUUCACCAUUCAUGUCGUAAAAUGUCCGAUCAUGGAAGAGUUCAUCAUUGAGGAUCCUCAUUGUGUAACCGUGUCGAAAUUAUCCAUUGUUGAUUUAGCUGGAUCCGAACGAUAUAAAAACACAAAUAGUACAGGCCAAAGACUAAAAGAGGCAGGCAACAUCAAUAAAUCACUCAUGGUCUUGGGCCAGUGCAUGGAAGUACUAAGAUUAAACCAAAUUAAAGCUGAAAUGGGAAAGAACACAGCUGUCGUCCCUUUCAGACAUAGUAAACUGACAGAAUUAUUCAAGAGCACGUUUGAAGGCAAUGGCAAAGCUGUCAUUAUCGUGAAUGUCAAUCCCUUUGAUACGGGUUUCGAUGAGAAUAGCCAUGUCAUGAAAUUUGCUGCAGUAGCCAAAGAUAUCACCACGUGGAAACAAAUGCAGCCCAAAAUAUUAGAUUUACAACAAAUUGAAACAAGCACGAAACGGCGCAGACAUCAUGAAUCCCAGGAGGAUCUUCUUGCGCAGUUGGAUGUUUUACGAAACAAGUGGAUUGAUGCAGAAAUGAGAGCUACUCAUGCUGAAAUGAAAGGCCAUAAAGAGCUUAAAGAGAUGGAAGAAAUGUAUCUUCUAGCGUUAAAACGAGAGAGUGAUCAAAUGGAAAUUCAAAUCAGUGAUAAACUGAACAACACAAUAGAUGAAAGGGAUAGUGAUUUUCUAACUACAAUUCAACAACGACAGCAAAUAUUGAGUAAUGACUUGAACUAUUUAAAAUUACGAAUAGAAGAAACCAAACAGAGUCUAGUUCAAAAGAUCUCUGAAGGUUUAUCUCCUGCGGAAGACGAUGAAGAUGAUGAUUUACAAAAGGAAAACGAUGAUCCUGUUAUACGAGGAGAAACAACGGCUUCUUUCCAAAGUUUUUUAAGCUUACGAAAACAAUUACGCAAGAGUAUCUUUAAACGCGAGGAGUUAUGUAAAGAUGCGGAUACGAUCAUGAACCAAGUAGAAAAGUUUGAUGGUGUGACAUUUGAGCUUGCUAAGGACACUAAAAUGGGUAAACUGUUAAAACUGAUUGCACAAGAGGAAUUCGAAAAGGAUCCUUACCAAAUCCGAAACAGAGCCAUACGAUUAUUUAAACGUUAUGCUCAACUACCCAUGGAACCCGCGCCCGAACCGCCAAGAAAAGAAUUUUCUGCAAUGACUUUUUCGGGGACGCACGAUCAUCCCUCACCGACACCAGUGUCUUUCAAUGUCGGAUUUAAUGUGGCGACUGAAAAAGGUCCUUGUGAGGAAGAGGCGUCCGAUCAGCAUCAGUUGUCUUCUAUGUCCGUGGAAGAAGAUGGCGACGAAGACAACGAUGAGGAUGACCGUUCCAGUGAUAUGGAAAAAGUGCCAAGCACUGCCACGCGUCAUAAAAAAAGAAGAAAACUACGUUCACGUUGAAUUGAUCAUCCAUGGAGAAUAAACCCCGAUAUAAAUAUAAAUACAAAGCCAAAAAUUCAUCUACUGUAAUAAAUAAGAACUCUUUCCCAACAAUUAUAUAUAUAAAACAAAAAUGAUCUCCCCUCCUCCAAGUUACGUAAAAUCUACCUGUGCCUAUGAUGAAAAAUUCAUGUUUGAUGAAAAGUCUUACUGUUACCAAGAAGAAACUAAUCCACAGCCAGUGGUG